AUGAUGGGUGCAUCUGGCUGCAUCAACACAAAUCGGGAAGGCAUCGCCCAAACGCUCACUCGUCUGAACCAGGAAGGCAUCGGUCACCUCUUGGCCAAUGACAGCCAAGCGGCUGUGACUUGCUUCGAAGCAGCCUUGUUCGUGGUGCAGAACCAAAAUCCAGCUCCGGCUCCUACCACCACGCCUCCUCCAACCAACGAUCCAACACAGUCAAUGCUCCCCAUUACCUUGUCAGAUUCUUUCCCUUUUCUCAAUGCCAAUGAACCAUCCGUCUUCAUUUUUGAUCAGUGUCUGUCCAUUGAUAUGACAAUCAGCGGAGACAGCAGUGCAGAUGCACAGUAUGUGGCUACGACCAUGAUAGUCUUCAAUUUAGCGGUUGCACUUCACUACAAUGGAAUGCAGCACCAGCAAACCAAAAAGCUGCAGAGGGCAUGCCAUCUGUACUCCCUUUGUGCAUCGGCCAUCGUCCCUACUAUCCCAGCCAGCUUCAGUGAUCCUGCAGCCUCCUAUCUGGUGACCAUGGCAAGUCUAAAUAAUCAUGCACAGAUUCAGAGCCAAUUACUGGGAAACAAAGAGAUAGCUGCACAACUGGCACUUGAACUCCAACAAAGACUGGUGCCCCUUUUUGCCGUUGCUUCUCAAUGUAAUACAAGAAUAUGGGCUCCCCAGUUUGUUGGGAUGCUGCUCAAUAUUGCCACGUUCUUGGCAUACAGGUUUUUGGCUUCUCCAGCGGCCUAA